AUGAGUCUCGGGGGCACCAUAUUGACCAUCACUUUCGUUUUCGCUCUCUACAUCACGAUACGUUCCAUAUACCGACUUUUCUUGAGUCCUGUAGCGCAAAUCCCCGGCCCAAAGCUCGCGGCUGUUUCGCGGCUGUAUGAGUUAUACUUCGACUUAGCACAAGGAGGUCGCUUGCCAUGGAAGAUACAGGAGCUUCACGAUGAAUACGGCCCUAUCGUACGCAUAGGACCCAACGAGGUACAUGUUGCGGACCCUCAAUAUGCAGCACACCACUUCAAUACACGAGCGAACAAGUAUGGUCCGCAUAGAAACCGAUUUGGCUUUCCUGAAGCAACAUCCGAAACAGCGGAGGCAGAUUUACAUAAGCAUCGAGCCCACGCCCUCGCACCAGCUUUCAGCCGGAAAGCAGUCGUAGAUCUAGAACCGCUCAUCAAAGCACAGGUCUCGAAAGUGUGCCAGCGUCUGUCCGAAUUGCGGCAUACGCAGAGGUCAAAGGGCGAAAGUUCUGUUAUCGAUUUGAGAAAGCUCUUCCUGUGCAUGACGACUGACACGCUCACAACGUUUGGGUUCGGAUUCAGCUUCGAUUUGCUCGACGACCCGGAUCUGGCUGCACCAUGGCGCCAAGCCUUAGAUGAUGCCCUGCGAAACGUUCAGAUGAUGAAGCACUUUCCCAUAUUAUGGGAACUUCUUCGUCGUCCAGCCGUGAGCGACUGGCUGGUUCGCGCAAAACCUGGACUUGCUGUGACGAUCGACUUCCAGAACAGAAACAAGCAGAUCGCUUGGGAAACUGUAUCUCGGUACUCGCUCGGUGAGAACAAUGAAGAGAAGAUUACAUUAGCUGGACACGAGUCGAAAGGUAAAACGAGCUCCGAAACCACAGUGCCCAAGACGGUCUUCGAACAACUCCUUUCUAGCGACCUCCCAGAAAAAGAGAAAUCCUACGAUCGCCUAUGGCAAGAGGCGUCGUCCUUGAUGGGCGCUGGAACUGAGACUGUCGCUAAUAUGCUAAGCUACACCUUCGUCCAACUGCUCUCCAAUCCCACAUCCCUCUCCAAACUUCGCGAAGAACUCGAAUCACGCAUUCUAGACCCUUCUCCAGCCUCUCUACCAUCUUGGACAGAACUGGAACAAUUCCCGUAUCUCUCUGCUGUGAUAUGCGAAGGCCUUCGAAUGAGCACCAGCGUCGUGCAUAGAAUGCUUCGCGUUCUGCCGGCAGAGACAGAGGUCUGCGGGUAUGUUUUGCCGAAGGGAACGGUUGUGGGAAUGAGUAUUCCAAUUCUGCAUCAUGAUGCAACUGUCUGGCCUGACCCAUAUAAGUGGAUGCCGGAGAGAUUUCUGGGGCCAGAAGGAAAGGGAAAGAAGGAUAUCUAUUCGUUUUCGAAGGGGCCAAGGGCGUGUACUGGGAUUUAUUUUGCUUAUGCGCAAUUGUAUCUGACGCUCGCGGCUGUGGUUCGUCAGUUUCGGCUUGAGCUUUAUGAGACUACAAUCCGCGCUGUGGAGCCAUAUUACGAUGGAGUCGUUGCUUUGACGAGGCACGACUCCAAGGGUGCUAGAGUUGUAGUCUUGUGAGAAUCUCUUACGAAGACGGCUCGCAUGCAUUUUAACAGUCCCUCUUGCUAUUGAUAUCAGGGUUCUGGUGAAUGUUCGCUAGCUGACAAUGCUGUAUCGUCUGAAGAUCGUCACCCUUUGACUU